UGAGAAGUGGGCUUUAUUUGCAUUUUUGGGCUUUCCCCCUCCCCUUUGAGCACUGGAUAUCAGUGAAAGGCUUUGGGUUAUAUCAGCCUGGGUAGAUGGUCUUUGUGGCAUAGCAAUGGUGUCUCCUGGGAUGUCUCUGACUUCUUCCCCUCUCUGCUAAUGAACAUUGAUCUUGUCGAGGGGGACAAGAUGUCCUCGCCUGUUGGGUACCUAGAGUCUGCUGAUGUGGCAGUGGGAGGACUGCGAUGAGCAAACUCCUCAGGGAUGGGAUGCGAGCCACCCACUGCAAGUCACUGAGAUGUUCUCAACCACCAGUGAAUUACCAUGACCUUGCAGUGUUUGCACCUUGUGAUCUGAUGCUCAAGAGUGAGCCCAGGGGAAGAGAGAGCCUGUGUGGAGAUUACCUCCUGCCUUGCCUUUUCUCCCAGCCCCUCGCAGUGAGCUCUCAGGUGCUGGAGGAGCGGAGGGGAGAGCUGCCGCACUGAGCUGGGGCAGCGCGGGUGAAGCGAAAGGGUAUUUGACUGGUGGGCUGCAGCAGCUGGGGGUCCUUGCCACCCCACGGCGGAGACAACCAACUCCUGCCAGGUAGAUGCCCGCAGGGGAGAGGACAACUCCAGCUGAACUGAUGCCUCUCGGCACCUGAUACCAGGCUCAGCAGUCUCUAUUAGUCGUUAACUGGGCACACUCAGGACUCCAACACAUCUUCACCUAAACUCAUUUCUCCUUUUUCAAUGACCUUCUGCUUGCAAUAGCAUGCAGAAAAAAAAUUAUACAUGUUUCUGUGGGCUGGGGUGCAGCUGGACAGGAGAAACAUAUGGUGCUGUGAAAGGUUACUGACACAAAAAUGCAAAUUUUAGAAGUUUUGCCCUGAAGAUGGAGCAUGCUGAGCAGGGGUGCAGGUGGUUGCGAUGACUCUGCUUGGGGUCUCGCGUCCUGGUGGAGUUUAAUGGAAGUUUGUCCUUGUUUCAUAUAAAUGGAGCAGCGGGAAGGGAGACAAGGACCUGGCGGUGAGGAGAGGGCUGCAGAUGUGGCCUUGGCAAACAACCUCAGUGGAAAGAGGGUGGCAUCUGUGUCUUCUGCAGCUUCUGACAUGAAGAAAGAUAUAGAGUCUCUAAUAGCCCAGGAAAAAGCAGAGAUCGUUGCCAAGUAUGAGAAGGGCAGGCAGGAAGGAGCUCAGAUUGACCCGUGGGAAGAUGCCGAUUUCACACUGUAUAAGGUUACAGACCGGUUUGGAUUCCUGCAUGAGCAGGAGCUGCCGACCCGCACCGCCUUGGAGGAGAAGCAAAAACAGCAGGAAAUCGAACGCGUGGACAAGUGGCUAAAGAUGCUGAAGAAAUGGGGCAAAUACAGAAACAGUGACAAGAUGUGCCGGCGAGUGUACAAAGGGAUCCCACUUCAGGUGCGAGGCCAGGUCUGGUCGCUUCUGCUGGAUGUCGAGAAGAUGAAGAAGGAGAACGAAGGAAAAUAUGAGCAAAUGAAAGAACAAGCAAAGAGCUUUUCAUCGGAAAUCAAGCAGAUAGAUUUGGACGUAAACCGCACCUUCCGAAACCACAUCAUGUUUCGGGAUCGCUACGGAGUGAAGCAACAGGCACUCUUCCAUGUCCUAUCAGCAUACUCGGUUUAUAACACCGAGGUGAGCUACUGCCAAGGGAUGAGCCAGAUUGCAGCCAUCCUCCUGAUGUACUUAAACGAAGAGGAUGCAUUUUGGGCACUGGCACAGCUGCUGACCAACCAGCGGCACGCCAUGCACGGUUUUUUCAUUCCUGGGUUCCCGAAGCUGCAGAGAUUUCAAGCUCACCACGAGCAGAUUUUAAGCAAACUGUUUCCCAAACUGAAGAAGCACAUGGACAAAGAGCAGAUGACUACAGGGAUUUACACGACCAAGUGGUUCCUGCAAUGCUUCAUUGACCGGACCCCCUUCACCCUCACCUUGCGGCUGUGGGAUAUCUACAUCCUGGAAGGAGAGCGGGUGCUGACGGCCAUGGCUUACACCAUCCUCAAACUGCACAAAAAGCGCUUGCUGAAGAUGAUGCUGGAAGAUUUACGGGAAUUUCUGCAGGAGAAAAUUGCCGCUUCCCUGCAGUACGAGGACGAUGCCGUCAUUGAGCAACUGCAGAUGUCGAUGACCGAACUGCGCAAGAUGAAAUUUGACCUCCCCCCACCAGCAAAGCCUGAGGAAUUCCCACGAAAGCCCCUGGGCCUGGAGCUCUCCCUCAACCUGGUAGCCAUGAAGGGCAAUGUGGCAGCCAAUGGCCAGAAUGGCCAGGUGGGCGAGCACCCCCCGGAUAGGGAGCCCCAUCCCCACAGAGGUCCUGGGGUGCCAGGAGGAAUGAUGGUGGCAGAGGCGAGGACUCCCACCCUCCAGCGCAGUGAAGCAGCUGAAGCGACAGACGUCCACCUGCAUCCUCCUGGCGGGGGGCCACCGGGAGAGGAGAGUCAGGUGGAGCCCACUGGGAACGGGCAGCCGCCGUCUCUUCUGAAGGCAAGCGAGACCCAGGCCCGUCAUCACCUCCUGCCCACAGCCCUGCCUCCGGAGCAGCCUCUUCUCGCCCCCAGCCGUACCACGGUGGACCACGAGUCGGUCUCCCUCCCCACCCUGGCCAACCAUGGAUCCUUGGACUCCUCUCUCCAAAACAUGCUGAGUCCUCCCGACUCAAGCACCAUGGAGCUUUCUGCUACAGACCACUCAGUAUGGCAGUCAAAUCCUGCUGCUGUGCUGGCAGGAGAACAAGCAUCUUGCCUCUGCAAAGAGAAAGCACUCGAAGCACCCCCUUAUCCUCAGGCGGGUGGCUGGCAGCAGCUCUCCGGCACAUCGCAGCACAACGGCUCCCCAGAGAGCAAGUGCAGGGAGGAGACGGCCGAGAAGCGCUGCAGAGCAGCGCUGCCAGACCAAACAGACUUGAAGCGUUUGGCAUCCAAAGCUGCAUCCACAGGGGAGCUCACCAGCCUGCAGCAGAACGGCCCAGGGAACGCCACCAGCACCGUGCACUGGCCGGAGGGCUUGGGCAUCCUGCCCACGCACGGGCUGGCGGGUGGCAGCGUGCCCAUCUUAUCCGGCAGCGAGUCAGAGGCAGCGGGGCUGGGCAAGGGCUGCCCCUUCCAGCGGGUGCCAUCCCCCACGGCGGAGCGGAACAGUCCCUACACUGUUAUCAAAACCACCACUCCCCUCCACCUGGCCCAUGCAACAGAGCAGGACUUCUCGAACAGAAAGCAGGUGGCAUUGCCUCUCCCGGAGACUGGACGACCCCUGCCUGCCACCUCCAUGCCACCGCCUCUUGCGCUGGACCCAGAGGAGGUAGAUGCCCAAAAAAGCCUCCAGAAACCAUUAAACACACUGAAAGCCCCACGACCCCCCCUGAGCCCCAAACCAAAAUUACUGCCGCAGGUUGCCAAAUCCCACUCGGAGAACAGUUUCCUUUCAGGCUCUCCUGCCCUGGCAAAACUGCCCAAAUCGGUGACGUUUUAGUGGGGACAGGGAGGUGAGGGAGAGGAAGCAGGUGCUGGAGCAGCACCCUUGCCCCGUUUUUGGGACCCCACCCCCCCCCUUCAGCAGGGCUGUGUGGGGGUGACAGCACAGAAUCCAUCACCUGUGGAGCUGUGCUUUGGUACGAGUGCAUGGUGAGGCGAUGGAGCAGUGGCCGCCGGCGCCAGGAGACACCAGCAAAUUGGGUUUGCAUCUUUCCUAUGGACAAAUUGGAAAAUGCUUUCACUUUUUUGUUCCUCGAAGCUCCCUGAGCCUCGUCGUGUGUCGGGGUGGGGAGCAGAGGCAGGGCUGGUGAAUGUGUUGUGUGUUUUCUUCUGCGCCUGCCUGCCAUAGUACUGGCUGUGGAAGCGGGCGUGAGGCAUAGGAGUCUGAAAUGCUUUCUUUAGAAUGCCCGAUCAGCGCAGCCAACAGCAUUGCUUUCAAAGGCCUUUGUAGCAAUAGAUCUUUAUUUCUUUUCCCAGGCUCAUGGUUGUAGGCAGCAGCAUUUUCAGGCAGGGCCAUGGCAUCCUGGCAGGGCGCAGGCAGCCUCCUGCCUACUCUAUGCAAUUCCACAGCGCGGUGCCUGGCUCCUGCCGCGGUGGUGGAUGGCAUCCCGGGGGGAGGUUUAACGGCUGGUGAGUCCCUGGCUGGGGUGGGGGGGGUUCUCCUUGGUGUGACCCUGGUGAAGGACAGCCAGUGGGGUGGUUCUUUCCUAGGUGCUCAAGGUGAUAAGGACAGUGAUGAAGGUUGAGCCCUGUCUCUUGGGCUGAGUGGCCUUUCCCUCACAGGCCCAGGGCGGCGAGCAGGCUUGCUGCCUUUCCAUUGAACAGGAAAAGGGGCUGCUGCCUUGGGAAACCUCCUGCCUUCGCUAGCAAGCUGCUGGAGGUGCGAUGGUGUCUAAUCAUGGUGCCCAAGCUGAAGCCCACUUUUACUUUGAGGAAGUUAUGUGUCAGGGUGGAACCAGCAUAGGAGUUGAGGAAGGGGAGCACAUUGCCUAGAACCUGAUCCCAGCCCUUCUGGUUUAGCCCACCCAGAAAUCAACCACCAAGGAAGGAAACCUGGGCACAGAGGUUUGGAAGAUGAUGCUGCAGAGCAUCACUGUCAGCACAGCCCACUGCUGAAGAGAUAACGCAGUGGGUGCCCACAUGCCCUUCAUGUACUGGUGGCCUGUCCAUCUCCUCCCCAUCCCAGGGUGUUGCUGCUGCACAAUCCAGACUGUUGGCUGGAGGUGAGCAGGGACCCAGGGACAGCUCACCCCACUGAAAGAGCUGGUCCAAACGCCUGUUUCCCGUAUCUACUUCACCCCUAAUAGGUGAAGGGACUUCAUUGGGAAGGAAGAUCAAUGGAUGCAGCAGGAGCUAACCUAGGCCAGAUGUGCUGUAUUAGACUCUGCUCUCCAGAAGGGGUGGCUGCAGAUGCCACUUUAGAUGGGACUGCAGGUGGGAUUCCCAUCCCUUCAAUGGAGACCCUGGGCAAAAGCUCUUCUAAGGAGACUUUGAAAACUGUUUAUCUCACAGGCUGCUUCAGUAACAUAACCUGAUCUGAAGCCUACCUGGAAGCCCAGUAGAAACUUCCACUAAAUUACUUUGUGGGGUUUAUCAGUUGUUGGUUUUGGGUUUUUUGUUUUUUUCUGUUCACGUGGUGGUUUGUGUUAGCAGCAGGGAGAGCAUCGAAGGGAGCACCCCAUCUUUCUUUGGAUGUAGCCAGCCAGACCACAGCACCCUCAGCUUCUGUUGCAACCCCUCCUCUGUCGGAGACCCCAUCUUCUGUCAAGUCUCCAAUCUUGCCCAUCCUCUCUCCCUCUGCAAAGCAGGGAUAACCCUAUUAGCUACCUCGCCAGGGGUGUUGUGAGGAGUCAAGAGUUGCUCUUUGAGAACUGCUGUAUGAAUGUUCAGUAUUGGUGUUUUGAGACGCCAUGGGUCCUUUCUAGGACAACGGCGCUUGAAUUGGUUUUAAUUUAGAGUACAUUUUCCAAUAACUAUACAGUAAUUAAACUUAUUUGUGUGUUAAAAUA